AUGACCAGCAUUCGCGACAUCGGCCAUAGACUCGAUACCUUAUCGUUGUACCACGACCCUUGAACUUCUCUCUCAUACCAGGAACACUCCAUACCAACACAUAUCCGCCCACAAUGUCUUUCGACCGUCUCGUCCGCUUCGUCCCCGCCAGCGACUCCAAUGCCAUUCUCAUCGGCGAACCUGUAGAUGCCAACCUCGAUGUUGGACUUGCUAUCCGCAAGGGUGAUGAGGUUGAGGUCAAGGUCUUCAGUGGCAAGUCUGCCUUGAACCCUGGCUCGCUGUCAGACAAGACCGAAAAGAUCGCCAGACUGCUAUCGCCUCUGUCACAAGAGGAGGUUGGCACGAUACGCUGCAUUGGCUUGAACUACAAGCAACACGCCGAAGAAGUCAAGAUGGCAGCCCCACCAGAGCCCGUUCUCUUCCUCAAGCCAGCCACCUCCCUCGCAGACCCCUACCCUCAACCCACCGUAAUCCCCAAGCACACCAAGUCGACCGACACUGCAGACUACGAAUCAGAACUCGUCGUCGUCAUCUCCAAGCCCUGCAAGAACGUUUCCGAGGCAGAGGCCCUCGAUUACGUCCUGGGCUACACCGCCGCAAACGACGUUUCCAGCCGUGCUGCCCAAUUCGCUCAAAGUCAAUGGUGUUACAGCAAGGGCUUCGACGGUGCUUGCCCGAUCGGUCCCGUGCUUGCGAGCUCAAAAUUGAUUCCUGACCCGAGUAAGCUGCACAUCAAGGGCAGCAAGAACGGCCAGGUCAUGCAGGACUGUGGUAUCGACGAUCUCAUCUUCCACAUCCCCAGACUCAUCAGCUUCUGCUCUCAGGGUACUACUUUGCCUGCUGGCACCAUCAUUUUGACCGGUACUCCUGCUGGUGUUGGUGUUGGCAAGGACCCCAAGGAGUUCUUGCGUGAUGGCGAUGAGUUCUCUGUUGAGGUCCAACCUCACAUUGGUACUCUCACCACUGUUUUCGAGGACGAGAAGUGAAAGCCUGGAAUUUCGAUUUACGGCCAUUUGUUGCAAAAUCACACAAGCUUGACGAGUUCGAAUUGAAAUGUAGACAAACCUCCCAAAUGAUAUGUCAUGAAACCAAAUCAUACCACCGACCUUGUACUCCUAAACAUGAAUCAUUAUACAUCCAUAUGCAAUCUCUGACAACAUAUCUCAAUGGCUGAGCGAAAUCCAAGAAUUCAGCACAGCCUCCAUGUCGUACGCCAAUCCCCACUGCGAGCUGAGGCAGCGGAACAACUUUUGCAUCGAAUUGAGCUCGUACAACAAGUUGCGUGUCAUGGACUCGUAGCCACUUCCAGACAACUGCUCCCCACGGAC